CUCACACAAAUACAAAACAACAUAAAUUUCGCAAAGCAACAAGUUUUCAAAUAAAUUUUUUACUUAAAUUAUGCACUUAAUUAAAAAUAUUAUUUAAAUAUCAAAACAAAACAUGAAUCGUUAUAAAGUAAGCUCCCUAGUGGGAGAAGGUUCUUUUGGUAUGGUGUACAAAGCCGUGCGUAAAGAUGAUGACCAAACAGUGGCCAUUAAAGUUAUAUCCAAACGAGGACGUUCUACUCGUGAACUAAAGAAUUUACGAAGAGAAUGUGAUAUACAAGCCCAACUGAAACAUCCCAAUGUUAUUGAAAUGUUGGAGUCUUUUGAAACUAAAAAUGAGUUGGUUGUGGUUACAGAAUUUGCUCUCAUUGAUUUACAUCGCUAUAUGUCGCGCAAUGGUGCCUUGACCGAGGAUAAGGCACAACGUUUAAUCUGCCACUUGGUGUCGGCUUUGUAUUAUUUGCACUCCAAUCGUAUUUUACAUCGUGAUUUAAAACCUCAGAAUGUUUUACUCGAUGAAGAUUUACAUGCCAAGUUGUGCGAUUUUGGUCUGGCCAGAAAUAUGACUAUGAGUACUCAUGUCUUGACUUCUAUUAAAGGCACUCCCUUAUAUAUGGCCCCAGAGUUAUUGGCCGAAAAGCCAUAUGAUCAUCAGGCUGAUCUGUGGUCUUUGGGUUGUAUAGCCUAUGAAACUAUGGCUGGACAGCCACCAUUUUGUACCACAUCUAUAUUGCAUUUGGUAAAAAUUAUCAAGCACGAAGAUGUAAAAUGGCCAAGUUUUCUCAGCAGCGAGUGUCGCUCGUUUUUACAGGGUUUAUUGGAAAAAGAUCCUUCCUUGCGUACCAGCUGGGCUCAGAUUUUAUGUCAUCCUUUUGUUGAAGGUAAACUCUAUAUAAAAGCUGGCAUUAAAGCUGAGAAUUCACCUUUUAUUAAUCCUCAAAUUAAUAAAAACAAAACAAAGACUUCGAAUACAAAAGAAAACUUGGAUAUUAAUAAAAUUACCAAGAACUUGCGAACAAUUAAUUUAAACGAAACCCAGGAUAAUCUUAUGUGUUCGCGUGACAGUAUUAAUGCCAUACCACCCAGUGAUAUUGAGCAAUUAGAGACGGAUGUUGAGGAUAAUAUAAAUCGAAUUUCGGUACCUUUUACCGAACAGUCAUAUCGCAAUGAUAAUGCAAAAACGAUUACCCAAACACCCUCGAAGCCGCCUGAUAUUGCUCCAGUUGCGGCAGCACCAGUAGUAAAUUCGCAGACUUGUUUUGUAAGCGGUAAUAAUAAUAUGAUUUUAAAUCAUUUAAACGACAAUUUUGCUGUACAUGAGGCCACCAAAACCACUGCAAGUGGCACAACUAAAAAUAAACCCUUGGCCUGUAACAACUCGACUAAGAAAUCGCGCAAUAAAGAUUUGGAAAAGCGUAAACUUAGUCAAAAUCUUGACAAUUUUUCUCUUCGUUUGGGUAACAAUGUUGAAAAUGACAAUCAAAAGAAAUCUAGUGAUAAGAUUUCUCUUUCGAAAAAGGAUCAGGAAAAUAAUUUAAAAGAUUCUAAAAGUACAGCUAUAAAAACUCCGAAUCAGUCGGGAGAGGAAAAACAAUCUAGUGAUAAGAUUUCUCUUUCGAAAAAGGAUCAGGAAAAUAAUUUAAAAGAUUCUAAAAGUACAGCUAUAAAAACUCCGAAUCAGUCGGGAGAGGAAAAACAAAGCACAGAAAAUUCACCACCUUGUUUAUUACCCGGCUGGGAUUCUUGUGAUGAAUCUCAAAGUCCUCCCAUAGAAAAUGAGGAAUGGUUGGCCUUUUUGCAUCGCUCUAUGCAGGAGGUACUUGAUGGUGAAUUGGAAUCUUUAAAACAGCAAAAUUUGGUCAGUAUUAUAGUGGCGCCUUUACGUAAUUCUAAAGCCAUACCCAAGGUAGUGGAUAGUGUGGCUCAAUUGUUGUCUUUGCCAUUUGUGUUGAAUGAACCCUUAAGUAUUAUAGAAGUUAUAAAAAUGGUCUAUGCUGAUGUUAAACUGGUGCCCAAUUUAAUGUAUGCCUCCAAACUAUUAAUCUAUCAGCGAUCUGUUGAUGAUUCCACCGCCUCGUUGCCCUUGCCCAACAAUCCACAACGUAAAAUACGCACAGUGAGUGAAUUAAAUAAUGAAGAAAUCAAAUGUGCCUCCAGAUUAUAUGAACUCAUUUGCCAUUUGGUUCUCAUUAAACAACAAUUCUUGACACAAUUUUGUGAUGCAGUGGCUAUAUUGGCUGCCGAUGAAUUACUCAUCAACUUUCUCAAUCAGGACUUUAAAAAUGUUUAUGCUUUGCGCAUAGCAAAUUGUAUAUUGGCCUUAUUGGGUUGUGUUUUAAGAGAGUUACCAGAAAAUGCCGAAUUGGUAGAAAAAAUUAUAUUUUCUUCUAAAGUAGACCUAUUGGCUUUACUAAAACAUCCUAAUGAUCUACUAAGAUUGAGAAUGUGUAUGUUGAUACGUUUGUUGGGCAGAUUUAGUUUAAGGGCGUUACAAAAUUCCUGGUCCUCGAAUGUUAAGCAAGCCAUUGAAGACUUAGCCGAAGAUAAUAAUGGAGAAGUAAAAGAGGAAGCAGAAAAUACUCUAAAUGAACUACGUCAAUUUUCAUUUUAUUCUUAAAGUGGAAAAUCACAAACAUUUUUAUAUUUUAAGCUUAAAAACAAAGGCAUUUAUUUUUGUCUUACUAUGUAACCUUUUUAUGUGUUUUUAACAAUUUAUUUUAUACUUAA